AUGGUCCAACCACAAGAGCCAGAAUUCGAACAAGCAUACAACGAACUGUACUCCACCCUCAAGGAGUCUACUCUGUUCCAGAAGCACCCAGAGUACGAGAAGGUGAUUCCGGUUGUCUCUGUUCCAGAGAGAAUCAUCCAAUUCAGAGUCACCUGGGAGGACGACCAGGGCAACGUCCAGGUCAACAGAGGUUACAGAGUCCAGUUCAACUCUGCUCUGGGUCCAUACAAGGGAGGUCUCAGAUUGCACCCAAGCGUCAACCUCUCGAUCCUCAAGUUCCUGGGUUACGAGCAAAUUUUCAAAAACGCCUUGACCGGUCUCUCCAUGGGAGGUGGUAAGGGUGGAUCCGACUUCGACCCUAAGGGAAAGAGCGACAACGAGAUCAGAAGAUUCUGCACUGCCUUCAUCAGACAGCUUGCCAGACACAUUGGACAAUUCACCGAUGUUCCAGCUGGUGACAUCGGUACCACUGGACGUGAGAUUGGAUUCAUGUUCGGUGCCUACAAGCAGAUGCAGAACCAGUUCGAGGGUGUGCUGACCGGUAAGGGAUUGACCUGGGGUGGUUCUUUGAUCAGACCAGAAGCCACCGGUUACGGUCUGGUCUACUACGUCGAGAAGAUGAUCGAGAAGGCCACCAACGGAAAGGAGUCUUUUGCUGGCAAAAGAGUUGCUAUCUCGGGAUCCGGUAACGUUGCUCAGUACGCCGCUUUGAAGGUCAUCGAGCUCGGAGGAACCGUUGUUUCUCUGUCCGACUCGAAGGGCUGCAUCAUCUGCCAAUCUGGUAUCACCAAGGAGCACAUCGAGGCCAUCAUCGAGGCCAAGGUCAAGUUCCUGUCUUUGAAGGACAUCAUUGGUGAGUACUCCGCUUUCGAAACCACCCCUGUCCAAUACAUCGAUGGUGCCAGACCAUGGGUCCACGUCGGUAAGGUCGAUGUCGCUCUGCCAUGUGCUACCCAGAACGAGGUCUCUGGUGAGGAGGCCAAGGCUUUGGUCGCUGUUGGCUGCAAGUACCUUGCUGAGGGAUCCAACAUGGGUUCCACCCAGGAGGCCAUUGACGUUUUCGAGGCCGAGAGAAAGAGCGCUUCCUCCAUUGGCGACAGUAUCUGGUACGCUCCAGGUAAGGCUGCCAACUGUGGUGGUGUUGCUGUUUCUGGCCUGGAGAUGGCCCAGAACUCUCAGAGAGUCCAGUGGAGUGCUGAGGAGGUCGACAAGAAGCUCAAGGACAUCAUGGUCAACUGCUUCAACACCUGCUACGAGACUGCUGUCUCCUACAGCGCCGAGACCAACAAGGACACCUUGCCAUCGCUCGUCAUGGGUGCCAACGUUGCCGGUUUCGUUAAGGUCGCUGAGGCCAUGAAGGCCCAAGGUGACUGGUGGUAA